UGGUUCCACAAACCUGGUGGCUUUUUUGACGUGUCGCUCUGCUUGUUGUCGUUGGGGGGGAGGCAAGAGCGGAGUGUCGUCACCAAACGAUCCUUACCACGGGCGGUUAGGGCUAGGGCUACGUACCGUGCGCUCGACGACGCCCGCAGCAACAUCAACAUCCGGUGGCGAUUCCCAAACGGCAUGGCAUCAUGCGGCAUCAACUAGCGCGCUCGGCAGAGGAAGCUCCUCCUCCUCCUGCUCCUCCUGCUCCUCCUGCUCCUCCUCCAGCACCAGAGUCACCAGAGGCAAUAACAGCAACAGUAGCAGCAGCAGCAGCAGGGAUUGAAACAGCCGCAGGGGCAGACGGCCGCCUGGUCGUGGUGCCCUUGUUGGUAGCAGACGAUGAAGCAGCGGUUGUUGCGGUGGUUCCGCCGCACGUCUACCCCGCCGCCGACAUGAGUAUCGGCGUCGAACCAACGGGGCCGGCGGCGACGACAUCGCCGUUGCUCCCCCCCCUGCCCGACGACGUGCCGACACGCAUCGAAUGCCGUGGCAUAUCGGGCGGCGCUGCCGCCGCCGCCACCGCCGCCGCAUCGCCGUUGCUAGCCCCCCCGCCUGACGACGUGCCGACACGCGUCGAAUACCGUGGCAUAUCGGGGGGGGCCGUCGCCGCCGACGCCGCCGCCGCCGCCGGGGUUGCCGGAAAUACGCCGGUUUCCUCCUCCUCAUCGUCCUCCGCCGCCGCCGCCGCCGCCUCGCUCUCAACUUUUGCCGAACCAACUUCCCCGGGAAAAUGCUACACCAACAGCAAGGACAACAACGGGAGCAUUCCUGCUGCUUCAAGUACAACCAAACCCCGCCACCAGGUUCAGCAACCAUUAUUCGCGCCGGCUGGUUCACGGGACAGCAGCGAACCCCGCCGGGAAAAAAUCGGCAAUGCCGCGGUAAGUUUUCCGGGCGCGAGCGAAGUUCUCUCUGCCGCUACGCCUGCUGCCGCGAGCGGCGGAAAGGAUGGCGGCGUUGAUGAUUGUAGUGGCAGUGAAGAGCUGGUUUCCCAUCCGAGAACGUCGAUGAAAUCGUCCAUGAGGUCGCUCGGCGCGUCGAGCGACCGCUGGCUGGAGGACUUCGACGCUGACACGAGUGGCUCGGACGAGGAGGACAGCGAUGAAGGCGGUGACGACAUCGACAGCAGCAGCAGCAGCGGGAGCAGCACGGCCAACAACGCAGCUCUCUCUCCGGCCGCAACCACCUUCAACAUCCCGCGGCUGCGCGACCCGCUGGGUAUAAAACCCCCAAUGAGAAAACCAGAGAUGGAAGAGGACGGGGAUCCGUCCCCCGUUCGCCCGAUCGCCGACCGCGUCGACCAAGUCUGGAGCAGCUUGGUGCCGCGGCACCAGUGCUUCAUCGACCGGUGGCCUCCAGACGAGAUGGCGGCGGGAGAGACGGCAGAGGGGGGGCGUGAGCAGGGUGCUGGACCGUCGCUUGAGGCACGUCUGCUGAUCGAGGAUUGGCUUCGCUGCAGCAAGGGGAGCCCACGCGUCUGCGCCGAGCGACUCAGGCGGCUGGCAGAUGCCCGGGCUUCGUGGAGAUGGCCGGAGGCGUGUUUCCUGGCGAGGGACGUUGCGGACGUUCUGCUUACGGGAGCGAUGAAGCUGCUCCCGGGAAGCUCCCGCGGCGGCUCGGCCCCUCGGUCCCCCCCCAUCCUGGUGGUGCACACACACCUCGUCGACCACGAGCGGUGCCCCCCGGCCCAAUACACCAAAGGCCUAAGCUACCUUGUGCAGACGCUGGCGGCGGAGAGGAGAGCCAACGGCGGCGGCGGCGACGGCGGCCGCAGGAGUCGCCGGCGAGCAUCUUGCGAUCCCUCGGCAUCGGGAUUUUUUUUCGGCGACAGCGAGGAGAGCGAGGGCGACUACGGCGGAGACGUUCGCCACGACAGUAGCGGUACCGGCGGUGGUUCUCCGGUACCUGUGGGGGCCACAGGACCGUGUUCUAGCGAUUCGGAGUGA